UAUAUUAUUUUUGUUCUUUGUAAAAUCAUUUCUUGCGCAAGAUUUUUGAAAAAUCCUACCUCGCCUUGUAACAAAUGUAAUACCCACCCAUGAAUCGCCCUAUAAAAGGUAAGAUAAAGAAGGCAAUCAUUUAAUGGUUAACACGUGCUUUCGAGCGAAUUGUAGUUCGUUUUACAAUCCAAUACAUACUUAACCUUCCAAAUGAAUAUGACACGAAGCGCAAAACGCAAAGCAAUCAUAACUCUUCGAAAAAAAAUCUCAAAACAACAACCGGAAGUGCUCCAACAUAAAAACAAAUCCGUGUAAAGCCUGUUCGUUUCAAUAUGACCAUAGAGUGCGUUUUCCUGGCCGUGAAUAUUGACCGGUUUUGAUGAUUUUUAAUUGAUUGUAUAGCCACCUCAAAAACUCAACUCUUUCCCACCAGACGAAGUCCUCGAUUGUAGCACCGAUGGUCCAGGUUGCUUCACCGUUGACAACUACCUUCCCAAUGAUCGAAUGUCGGAGAGCUGUUUGUACCUCAAUGUGUACAGCCCGGAUUUUCGUCGUAAACAUUCCAAGUUAGCUCCAGUGAUGAUUUGGAUCCACGGAGGAGGAUUCGUCAGUGGUAGCGCCCAAUCUUCGAUGUACAACCCGAAGCAUCUGGUCCAGGAGGGGGUUCUGGUAGUUACGGUGAACUAUAGGCUGGGUCCUUUGGGAUUUCUCUGUUUGCCUUCGGUGGGGAUUGAAGGCAAUAUGGGCCUCAAGGAUCAGCAAAUGAGUUUCGCUUGGGUUAAGGAAAAUAUAGGAUAUUUUGGAGGUAAUUCCGGGGAUGUAACCAUCUUUGGACAGAGUGCUGGAGGAGCCUCGGUGCAUUUGCACUACCUUUCGGAGUCUUCCAGACAAUACUUCCAUAAAGCAAUUGCACAAAGUGGAAGUGCCUUCAACCAGUGGGUAUUCCAAAAGGAUCCCGAUAAACGAGCAAGAAAGUUAGCUGAGCUAACUGGGUGUCAAGACCCUUUCAACGAUACGUUGGUUUAUGAGACUCUUAUGAGAGCUGAUGCCAAAACUCUCACCGAACUGCAGUACCAGGUGAUGUCGGAUGAGGAAAGAUCCGUAGUGGUAAACUUUCCCUUUACCCCAACUGUCGAAAGACAAGAAUCAGUGGACCCACUAGUGUUGGAAAAUCCGUUGAGAGCAAUAAGGAAACAAUUCUCGAAAGACAUUCCCUUAAUUAUGGGAAUAACAAGUGAAGAAGGAAUCGGACUGGCUAGUCAUGUCUCAUCUUUUCUGGAUGAAUACGAACGAUACUUUUCUACUCAAUUGAUUCCUUUCACGUUGAUGGUGUCGGAAGAAAACGAACGAAGGGAAGCUGCUGAAAUGAUCCGAGAAUUUUUCUUCGGAAGCGUAAGUCUCUCCCAGGACAGUUUGCUGAACAUGGUUCGUGUUCUGGGCGAUAAUGGCAAUAAAUUCGCCGGGUAUCUUACGGCUGAGCUGCAUUUUCGUUAUCAAAAGAGCUCUCCAGUGUUUUUCUAUAUUUUUUCAUACAUCUCUGAGUUGAAUAAGCUGCGCAAGCUCUCGAACACACCUGACUCGUUACCAGGAGCAUCUCACGGCGAUGAUUUGUGCUAUCUUUUUUCCUCAUCAUUCUUCGACACUGAUUCCAUCGAUUCUGACAGUGAUGCAUUUGCAUAUCGUCAACAGAUGUGCAAACUGUGGACCGAUUUCGCAAAGUUUGGUGAACCCACUCCGGAUGAUUCGGCCGGAUUUCGAUGGCAACCUUUAAAUACUGACACUGAUGAUUUUCAUUUAAAUGCUUUGGAGUUGAACAAAAUCCCUAAAAUGAUUGUGGAUCCAUUCGCAGAAAGAUUCAACUUUUGGAAAGCGCUUUUCAAGCAGUACAACGGCGGUCAUCUCAAUCCCAAAAUUUGGAACUAUUGAUUACUACAGGAAGCCAAUUAAGUUGUAAAGUGUAUAUUUACUUUUAAAAGAAUACAAAAACCACAAAAUCACCGAACAAUU